AUGGCACUCCUCACUUACUUCAGCCUCAGCCUUCUUGGCGUCUUCUUUGCUGGCCCUUUCCUUCAAGUGGAGGCUGACACUUGUGCCAGAGAAUGGCUGCAAAACCAAGGCAACUGCUAUGCCUAUUUUGAUCAGAGGUUAACAUGGCAUGAGGCUGAGAUUGAGUGCCAGAGCUAUGGCCGUGGGGCUCACCUUGCCUCCAUCCUUACCAAAGCAGAGACUCUCCUGGUAGCUGAGCACAUAUCCACUUACCAACAGGAACUCAGUAAUGUCUGGAUUGGACUCCAUGAUGUCCGUCAGACUGGGAAGUGGAGAUGGGCUGAUGAAUCCACUUACAACUACAAAUCCUGGAUGAACUACCAGCCAGAUAACUAUGACAAAAAUGAGCAUUGCGUGGAGCUGCGACGAUCCACAGGCUUUAAACUAUGGAACGACAUUCAAUGCAACAUACGUAAUGCCUACAUCUGCAAACAUGAGUUGUAA